UUACUUCUUCUUACUAACACACCAUGGAAACCAAACCUCUCCCCAUCAAUUCUGAUAUUGAAUAUGCUGUGGCCUCUCCUUACAAUCCAUUGCUAGGCAAUGACAUACAACUCGAGUCGCCGGAGAGUCGCCGGAUAUCCAUAAACUUCUAUGCCUUGAUCUCCUUCUCGGCUCUACUCUUGAUUUCUGUAAUGUUUUUUGUUGGAAUUCAUAGAUCUGAAAUCUCAGGAGUAAACGAAGACACUACAUCCUCUUCAUCUUCAACACCACGAGGGGUAUCGGAGGGUGUCUCAGAUAAAACAUUCAGGCUAUUUUCCGGCAAUGGAAUUCCAUUCUCAUGGACCGAGUCCAUGUUGUCUUGGCAAAGAACUGGCUACCACUUUCAACCCAAAAAGAGCUGGAUGAACGAUCCUAAUGGUCCAUUGUAUUACAAGGGAUGGUAUCACCUAUUCUACCAAUACAACCCAGACACUGCAGUAUGGGGUCUCAUAAGAUGGGGUCAUGCCAUGUCUAAGGACAUGAUCCACUGGCACCACCUUCCCAUGGCCAUGGUUCCAGACCAAUGGUACGACAUCAACGGUGUCUGGACCGGUUCAGCUACUCUUCUUCCUAAUGGCACCAUCAUAAUGCUCUACACUGGAUCUACACACGAGUCAGUCCAGGUCCAAAACCUAGCUUACCCGGCCGACUCGGAUGACCCAUCUCUCAUCAACUGGUUAAAGUACCCAGGAAACCCGGUUCUCAUCCCGCCACCUGGUAUUGGUGCGAAAGACUUUCGAGACCCGACGACAGCAUGGCAAGCCAAUGAUGGAAGUUGGAAAAUUACCAUUGGGUCCAAGGUUAACAAAACUGGUAUAUCACUUGUGUACAAAACCAAGGACUUCAUAAACUAUGAACUCUUGGAUGGUUUGUUACAUGCUGUCCCCGGCACCGGCAUGUGGGAAUGUGUAGAUUUCUAUCCGGUCUCAACAACUGAUGAUAAUGGCUUAGGCACACCGGUGAAGUAUGUCUUGAAGGCAAGCUUAGAUGAUGACAAGAAUGAUUACUAUGCAUUAGGAACUUAUGAUCCGGAGAGUGAUACAUGGACCCCGGACAACCCUGUUCUUGAUGUUGGUAUUGGAAUGAGGUAUGAUUAUGGCAAGUAUUAUGCAUCAAAGACUUUCUAUGAUCAGGAAAAAGAUAGGAGAAUACUUUGGGGAUGGAUCUCUGAGAGCGACAGCGAGGUUACCGACGUAAAGAAGGGAUGGGCAUCUGUUCAGAGCAUUCCAAGAACAGUGGUGUUUGACAAGAAGACUAGGACUAAUAUAAUUCAAUGGCCGGUUGAGGAGGUGGAGAACUUGAGAUCCAAUAGUAAGACUUUCAACAAUAUAACAAUCAAAGCCGGUUCAAUAGUUCCCCUUGACAUUGGUAAAGCUACACAGUUAGACAUAACUGUGGAGUUCGAGAUUGAUAUCACAGCUUUAGAGGAAACAGUUGAUGAGAAUGAUUUUGAGUACCACUGCAUCAGUAGUGAAGGUGCUUCUAGCCGGGGUGCAAUGGGACCAUUUGGUUUGUUGGUUCUUGCACACGAGACCCUCUCUGAGCAUACACCUGUAUACUUCUACCUUGCUAAGGAUGCUUAUGGAAAUAUAAAAACUUUCUUCUGUGCUGAUCAUUCAAGGUCUUCAAAGGCCAAUGAUGUUGGUAAAAUGGUUUAUGGAAGCACAGUUCCUGUACUUGCUGGUGAAAAAUUAUCUAUGAGAAUAAUGGUUGAUCAUUCAAUAGUAGAAAGCUUUGCUCAGGGAGGAAGAACAUGCAUCACAUCGCGGGUUUAUCCGACAGAGGCGAUUAAUGAAAAUACCAGACUCUUUGUUUUCAACAAUGCUACACAGGCCAGUGUUACUGCUUCAAUCAAGACAUGGCAAAUGAAUUCUGCAGCAGUCAUUCAAUCCUACUCUAUGAUAUGCAUGGUUCUGGUCAUUUUGAUUCAUUUGAUUUUCUUGAAGAUAUAAAGAUUAUGGGUUUAUCAACAUAGA